AUGGACGCGGUGCUGCUGGAGCACUUCCCCGCCGGCCUGGACGCCUUCCCGGCCUCCUGCUUCGACGAGGAAGACUUCUUCACCGACCAGUCUUCCCGGGACCCUCUGGAGGACGGCGAGGAGCUGCUGGCGGACGAGCAGGCCGAGGUGGAGUUCCUCAGCCACCAGCUGCACGAGUACUGCUACCGCGACGGGGCGUGCCUGCUGCUGCCGCCCGCGCCCCCGGCCCGGCGGCGCAUGCAGUCCAUCAACGACGCCUUCGAGGGGCUGCGCUCGCACAUCCCCACGCUGCCCUACGAGAAGCGCCUCUCCAAGGUGGACACGCUGCGCCUGGCCAUCGGCUACAUCAACUUCCUCAGCGAGCUGGUGCAGGCGGACCUGCCCCUGCGGGGCGGCGGCGCGGGCGGCUGCGGGGGGCCGGGCAGCGGCGGGCGCCUGGGCGGGGACAGCCCGGCCGGCCAGGCCCAGAAGGUCAUCAUCUGCCACCGGGGCACGCGUUCCCCUUCCCCCAACGACCCGGAUUAUGGCCUCCCUCCCCUCGCGGGUCACUCUCUCUCGUGGACUGACGAAAAACAACUCAAAGAACAAAACAUCAUCCGAACGGCCAAAGUGUGGACCCCAGAGGACCCCAGAAAACUCAACAGCAGGUCUUCGUUCAACAACAUAGAAAACGAACCGCCCUUUGAGUUUGUGUCCUGAGAGGGCCCACACUCGGCUUGGGAUCUAACUGUGACCGUGCAUAUUGUACAUGUAAAUAUCUACGAUGUAAAUGUAAUUUAAGAAUCAGAUUUUUCUAAUGGCAAUCAACUGUUUGUUAUUUAUCUAUUUAUUAUUCCGUUGAGUUAAUGACAUAGAUGAUUUCUUUUUAAAUAUAUAAUUUAUAUAAUUUAUCCCGAUUUUCUAAAAAUAUGCAAUAGCGUAUGAUUCCCCAGCACCUUUGACAGAACGGCGUUGUUGGCUGGAAGAACUCCCUGGCCAGCAGACUUCAUGCUUAUUUAUUGUCAGAUGUGGUUUAUUUC